AAGGAGAGGAGGGGGGAACAGCCGCAGGCGGGGCAGGAAGGCGAAAAUGUCUCGCCGGCGGCGGCAGGGCUCCGACUCCGACGGCGAGGACGACAGCUUCCUCUACCGCUACCCGAUGCCCUCCUCCUCCGCCGGCGCCCCCUCCAGCGCGCCCGCGUCGGGCGGCCACGGCGGGGGCGGCAGGGGUGGGGGCAGCGGCUCGGGCGGGCUCGCGCCGUCUAAAUCCACGGUGUACGUCUCCAACCUGGACUUCGCGCUCACCAACUCCGACCUGCACACCCUCUUCUCCCGCUUCGGCAAGGUGGCCCGCGUCACGGUCCUCAAGGACCGCGAGUCCCGCCGCAGCAAGGGGGUCGCCUUCGUGCUCUUCGUCCGCCGGGAGGACGCCGUGGCGGCGGCCGCCGAGAUGCACGGCAAGGUGCUCAACGGCCGCACCCUCGCCGCCUCCAUCGCCGAGGACAACGGCCGGGCCGCGCAGUUCAUCCGCCGCCGCGAGUACCGCGACAAGUCCCACUGCUACGAGUGCGGCGGGGAGGGCCACCUCUCCUACGAGUGCCCCCGCAACCAGCUCGGGCCCCGCGAGCGGCCGCCGCCCUCUAAGAAGUCGCGCCGCGGGGGCGGGGCUGCUGGUGGCCGUGGCGGCGGCCGCGGAGGCGGGGGCGGGGAAGGGGACGGGCCCUCCUGGCAGUCGGACGAGGACGAGGACGCCGUCGCCGCGGCGUUCGAGGACGACAGGUGGGCGUCGGUGGUGGACACGAGGGGGGAGGAGGAGAAGGCGGCCGAGAAGGAGGGCAGGGCCAAGGCCAAGGCGGCGAGGAAGGAGAAACGGAAAGGCUACUUCAGCGACGAGAGCGACGAGGACGACGACUGAGCUUCAGCAUGCACCUGAAUGCCAACAUACGUCCAGACUGGGUUGUUCCUUGUGGUUUCAAGGCAGUUGGCUCGCAGGCUUACGCCUGGCAAAUUAUACCAUAGGGAAUUCGACACCAUCAUCAAUGGCUAAGUCCUUGGCUACAAUGGGGGCACUUGAGGGCACUCUGUUAUUCUGCUCGAUGUAUUAUUGACACUUGGAUGUGACAUCAUCUCGUGCUGUCAUGCUGCUAACUUGUGAAGACAAGCAUCCUGUUUUCAAGGAAUCAAUGAUUUGGCACCUUUUGCAUUGAAGAUGACUUGAUGUUGAGUCUGAUGGAAAUAUUGAGAAUAAGGGCAGGCCACAUCCAUUCUAUGGUCCCUCUGACCCUUGGUUCCGUGGCAUUUAAUUUGACAGGCAACUCUCUGUUGUCAGAAAGGAUCUGUAGAUAUCCUCAUCUGGAGGAGCUUAACUUAAACAUCUGAAAUUUUUAAGGAUGGCUUCCAGCUGUCCUUCACUUGGGAUUUGAUGAUCUCUUGGGAUUUGCAACGGAUGUCUGUCACAAACAUCAGAGGGUGGGUAACAAAAGUUUAACAUGUCUUGGGGUGAUAUCCUUGAAGGCAUGAGGAGAUGGCUAAACAAUCAGUGACAAAUCCAGCAGAGAAGUAAAUCGUAGUCUUCUUUUUUGGAAGCAAUCUUACUCAUUUAAAUGUUUGCUACUUAUGUAGUAAUAGUUGCAUACCUUGUACAUUUAUCAUUUGAAACCAUCCUCUCAGUUCUGGAAUACAUUCAUCGUCUCAGUUAUAGAAUACAUCUAUCAAUUGCCGCAUUUGAGAUAUACUACCUCUGUACACUAAUGUAAGACGUUUACAUUAAUGUACAGAGGGAGUACAUGAUAUGAUACGGUAUGAUGUACUGUCUGUUGUUUGGCCUUGUUGGUAGACUAUGUAGAGGUAUAUUUCUAAACUGGAUAGUUUUUCAGUGAACAUAGGCCUUUAGAUCUGUGUUCCAUGUACCAAAUGUAGCUGUCACAUACUUCUCUUCUUUGUAUUUGUUAUUGCUCUGUUAUUGUUCAUCUACUCAUGUUUCUACUAUGUUUCAUCUUGUAAGCCGAAUAGUUUGCUGGUUGUUGUCUAGUCUGUGUCAUCAGCAAGGGCAAACUGAAAAGUAUCCAUUCUCAUCCUCCACAUAGAUUUUAAAAUUACUCAUCAAUCGUUACAAAAGCACAUGUUUACCUAUUAGCAUGAACUGAAAUUAAUUGGUGUUAGUUGCAUUUUAGGCAUAUUAACAGAAUACCUUAUCUCAUGUUCAAAGUUGUUUGCGUGGUGAUAUAAUUCAAUCUGCAUACUGACAUUUGACGAUACAGUCACCACUCACCAAACUGAAAGCUUCUUAAAUAAAACACUG